CCUCUGUGCCCUCUCCCAACCCUGCUGUUGCCCUGUCACCUUUCAGGUGCCAUUCUCUGCUCCAGCUUGGGGUCCCAGACCCCUUUUCCCCCCUCCUCACCCUUGCCCCUGCCAGUUCCAAGCCCCUGGGACCUGGACAUCACCACACCGCCUAGCCGCUUUGAGCCAGCCUCUCCCCUAAUUCCCCCAGGCCCAGAGGGGCGUUGGCUGUUCUCCACCUGCAGGGCCAACAGCUGACGCGGGCCCACACAGUGUGGCCGGGACUACACCGGCAGCAGUGUGGUGGUGAGUGGGGCCGCUGAGCCUCUGAAAGGCGUGCAAUUGUGGUGGGCACCGGGCGCCGGCCAGCCUCUGAUCUCAGCCUAUGGAGCCGCGGGCGGCAAAGGUGCCAAGAACCACCUGUCACCGGCGCAUGGAGUCUUCCUCUCCGCCGUUUUCCCCCUUGGUCGCGGGGAGCUGCCUUACAUCCUCGUAGGGCAGCAGGAAGAGGACGCCUGUCCGAGAGUAAGCGGAGCCAGUGAGAGGGGGACGGCUCAAGCGCCCCAGGGCGAGGACUGGGUGGAAGGAGAGGUCGUUCCUGGGGUUAAGACCUCAGCACUGAGAGCGGAGGGUCCCGGACCCCCGCUGAUUCCGGUCCCGGACGCCCGCCGGGGUGCCAGGAGAGCCAGCUCGUUCUGCCUCGGAGAGUCUCCGGCCGCUGAGGAGCACGCGGCGACGGAGGGGAUCGGAGGGAUUCCGGGGUCGCGGAGCUGGGCAGGAGUCGGAGUGGAUGGGGAGGGCGCGACCCUGAACGCCGCUGCCGCGUAUCUGCGCGCACGCGAGCUGGAGCCGCUGCUGGUGGCGGCCGGAGGAGGCGGUCGGGCGUACCUGAGGCGGGAGGAUCGAGGCCGGACCACCCCCGAAAAACUGCAGAACCGCUCGGCGGCGCCGGGAAGCGCGGGCCGCGGUCUCUCUGCAGGUGGAGGAGACGGCUGGACGUCGCGGGUCCCCUCUCCGCCGGCCGGCCGCUCACCGCGGAAGGGAGCGGAGGGUGGCCAGGGCUGCAGGGAGGCCUGGGCUACGCUUGGCUGGGCCUCAGCCGGCGGCUUCACUGGAGACGGCGGCGGCCACCCGGGGGGCGAUGCCUCAGAGGCUGACAUCCUCUGGGCUGAUGGGGAAGAUGGGGUAUCCUUCAUACACCCCAACAGAGAGCUCUACCUGCAGCCUCUGCCAGUCAUGGAGAGCCAUGGAGAGGUGGAGAUUCGAUUAUACCUCAAUCGCGGUCAUUGCCUUUUGAAAAUCUGCCAAUGGCAGGCAGAGCUCCAGUUGGCCAGAUGCAUGUGCCCAGAGGGCAUGGAGCUGGCUGCAGAUAACAUCACCUGCAUGGACCCUUUGAUUCUGAUGGUGGCUGUGAUGUUGAUCUUGACACUGAGACUCCCUAUGGUGUGUGGGGUCCAGAUUCUGGUGAACCAUAAGAAGUGGCAGGGCCUGUGGUGGAUGAGGCUGCCAGGCCCUGAGCUCCAGCUGAGCAAGCUCACCUCCACCAUCAGGACAACCCCCAACCCCUACUACUUCCAGGUGGGGCUUGGCCCAGCCCAGUCCUGGCCUCUGCCCCCAGGGCUUACGGAGGUUUCCCCUUCCAACCUGUCUUCCUGCAGAGCCCUGGGCCGUGGUGCCUUUGGAGAGGUCUAUGCAGGACUGGUGAUUGGCCUUCCUGGGGACCCCAGCCCCCUGCAGGUGACUAUUAAGACUCUGCCGGAACUCUGCUCUCACCAGGACCAGCUGGAUUUCCUCAUGGAGACACUAUCAUCAGGCACACCUGGGGCCAGGGGCAGGCGUGGAAGGACACUGCGCUGCGUGGGGCUCAGCAUCCAGGCUGCCCCUGGCUCAAUUCUGCUGGAGUUGAUGUCUGGAGGGGACAUGAAGAGUUUCCUGAGGCAUAGGUGGCCACGGCUGGGCCAGCCAUCACCUUUAGCCAUGCAAGACCUUCUCCAGCUGGCUUGGGACAUAGCCCAGGGUUGCCACUACCUGGAGGAAAAUCACUUCAUCCACAGGGACAUUGCUGCCAGGAACUGCCUGCCGAGCUGCACCAGACCCAGCCAAAUGGCCAAGACUGGGGACUUCGGGAUGGCAAGCACUAUCUACAGGGCCAGUUAUUAACGCAAGGGGAGCCAAGCUCUGCUGCCUGUCAAGUAGAUGCCCCCGGGGGCCUUCCUGGAGGGCAUCUUCACACCCAAGACAGACUCCUGGUCUUUUGGAGUGCUGCUCUGGGAGAUCUCACUGGACUACGUGCCCUACUCUUGGCACACCGAUCAGGAGGUGCUGGGCUUUGUCAUCUGAGGGGGAUCGAUGGACCCUCUCAGGGGCUCUCCAAGGCCUGUGUACCAUUUCAUGACCCAGUGCUGGCAGCGUGAGCUUGAACUUCACCCUAGUUUGCCAGCUCUUGGAGGUCUUCAGUACCGCACUCAGAACCCUGAUGUGCUGAAUUCACCCCUUCCAGUGGAAUUGGGACCCAUCCUGGAGGAGGAGGGGCUGGGGAGCCUAUCUUUGGGGGAACUAAGAUGUCCACAGACCCAAGAACCAAGUUUGGGGAGAUUGAAGAGCUGGGGAGGGAACCUCCUUGGCCCCUGCCUCAAGCCCUCCAAAUCCAGGGGUCUCCAACCUCAGAACCUUUGGAAUCCCACCUAUGGUUCCUGGGUCCCAAAGGGCCCUGAGGGUGAGGACUCUGGCACUGAGGGUAGCAGUUCCUCCCUGUACUCCUCCCCAGGCUUCUAGGUGGCUUAUGUUCCAAGUAGCCUCUGUCUCCCACAGUCUGUGCUGUAUGUCUGGGCCUGUAUAUCUGCUGGCCUGGCACCAUGGACCCUCCAUCCUGGAAACCAGUCUCAGGCCUCCUGGGCAAGAGUCUGGCCACUCCCAGCCUUUGAUAUUUGGGACCAGAGGAUACUCCCCCAACUCCCAGGCGUAGGUGGAGAAUUGAAAUUGCCUCCUGCAGGAAGUCUUCUCUAGAUUGCCUUUACCCCACUAGCGUCCUCCAUCUGGGCAGCCCCCAACACUACAGAUACCUCUAAUAAAGAGCUCUUCUUAUA